UAACCAAUCCACGGGAUAAAAGAAAAGUCCUCACCGGUCUGACUGCAAACGAAUAGACCCAUCGUCUUCUCUCGAGGGGAGAGCUGUCAAUUCAACAUCUCCUGCAUCUGUUGUUAAACGUUUGGACUUGUCGCCAUAUUAUAAUCGACCAUGGCUGCCUACAAGUUAGUGUUGAUCCGCCACGGAGAGAGCAGCUGGAACCAGGAGAAUCGCUUCUGCGGCUGGUUCGAUGCGGAUUUGAGUGAAACCGGAGAGAAGGAGGCGAAGAGAGGUGGACAGGCUCUGAAAGAUGCCGGCUUUGAGUUUGACAUUUGCUACACCUCUGUGCUGAAGCGGGCCACCAGGACACUGUGGUUGGUCCUGGACAGCAUUGACCAGAUGUGGGUGCCAGUGCAUCGGACCUGGCGGCUCAAUGAGCGCCACUACGGAGGCCUGACUGGGCUAAACAAGGCAGAGACGGCCGCCAAGCACGGCGAGGCUCAGGUGAAGAUCUGGAGACGCUCGUUUGACAUCCCACCUCCUCCCAUGGGCCAAGACCAUGACUACGACAGUAUCAUCAGCAAGGAUCGGCGCUAUGCAGACCUGACUGAGGACCAGCUUCCUUCCUGCGAGAGCCUUAAGGACACCAUCGCACGAGCGCUGCCCUUCUGGAAUGAGGAGAUCGCCCCUCAGAUCAAAAAUGGAAAGCGGGUGCUCAUCGCAGCCCAUGGAAACAGUCUGAGGGGGAUUGUUAAGCACCUGGAGGGGAUGUCGGAUGAAGCCAUCAUGGAGCUGAACCUGCCAACAGGCAUCCCCAUCCUCUACGAGCUCGACAAGAACCUGAAGCCUGUGAAGCCGAUGCAGUUCCUGGGAGAUGAGGAGACUGUACGCAAAGCCAUGGAGGCCGUGUCGGCUCAAGGAAAGGCCAAGAAGUAAAGGCACAGAAAAGCCCUCUUUGUGUAUGCCAGAGUAGGUUGUCACCAACAACUGACCUCAGUUAAGUGUUUUUAUUAAAUCCUAACUUAUUCUGGAUUGUAAUACAUGACGAGUUCACUGUAGAUGGUUGUCAAAGGCAACCCCACUCUUCUUGCACAGUGCUGGCAUAGUAGAUGGUGAAUGAUCAGGAUAUAUUGGGGUCAGGGGAGACACAGCUCUCAAGAGAUUGUAUAUACUUUUUUGCUAAAUUGGCCCAUUAAUGGGACAACCUUUUAAAGUUUAGAGUUUCAUUUAUUGUCAUUAUACAACACAGGGUUGUGCAGUUUGGAGUCCCAUUUUGGCUACAUGAGGAAAAACCCUGUAUGUAUGUGUGUGUGUGUAUAUGU